GUUGUGUGUACAUGUACUUGGGCGUUUUUUUGGGGAAAUACAGAGCAGAUGACAGUUCAUCAGCAAUGGACCGUGCCAAGGCUGAUGGGACUCGCUGUGUUUCUGCUUGUCCUGAUGGUUAUUUGGUUCAAUUGGGAGAUCACCUGGGCCAGCUUGACCCCCAACUGCCGUCCUUGUCGAAGAUAUGCUCGCCCAGUAGCGAUCGAUGACGUGGCAGAGGUAAGGUUUGCCUCUAAACACAUACCAACCCUUUCCCUCUGGAUCAAUGAUCACAACGAACUUCCGCCAGAGCACGAAGACAAACCACAGGAGGAAGCUGGGAGAAGUACAGGUGAGAGCUGGAAUACCUCACAGCUGACAUCAACAGAACACAGCAAGUACGCUGUGCCUGCUCCGAGUCCGUCUUCUGCUGUACGCGCACCUCCGAGUCGGCACUCACCUGAGAACAGAGCUCAGCCUGAUGGUGAAGUACAACAUUUUGACAAAGAACCAGAGCCCAAGCGACCGGAGACCGAUGCAGCCAUCGAAUGGACGACUAUGACAGAGCUAGGGUCGGUGCUGAAACGGAUCGCGGUGGAGAGGGUUGUUAUCGUAUGCACUGUGAACCAGGGAUAUUGGGACUUGUUUCUGAACUGGUUGAUCUCCCUGCACAAGGUAGGGCUCAGUGACCGGGUACUUGUGUUUGCCGAAGAUAUUGCCACAUGGCAUCGACUGCAGAGACACUGGCCUGGCCACACAGUUCUGUUUCGAACUACAGAGACAGAACCAGCCGUGAUGGAUUCGGGGAGCAUUCCUCAGACACAGAAAUGGUUGGAAUUUGGAAGCACAGGAUAUGGUGAGUUGGUGACCCGACGUCCAUCACGGAUCCUGGCUUGCCUCGAGCACGGCUAUUCUGUCCUGUACAGCGACAUUGACGUUGUGUUCGCAAAGAAUCCUUUUCCUUAUUUCACAGGACAUGCCGAUGGGUACUUCUCGCACGAUGGAGUCGUUGAGAAGUUUGCGAUGAAUGGCUCCGAUCGUCUUCCCCCUCCACCUGUCAAACUCAACUUCUGCACCCACUUCCUGCUUUUCCGACCUACGCCGCCAUCGAUCGAGGUCCUUCAGAGAUGGACAAUGAAACUGCGGCAAAGGAACACAACGAAGAAUCAGCACGCCUUCAACGAUGUGCUGGAGGAGAUUCGCAGUGCGGACGACUCCUUCUUUCACUUCCGAGUGCUCCCUAGCGCGUCCUUUCCUUCUGGAAAAAUGGUUGGAGACGGAUACGUGACAAAAGAGUGGAGGGAAAGCGGAGGAGGAGACAUUGUCGUCUUCCAUGCAAACUACCACUAUGGGCAAGGCAAGGUCGAUGUGCUGAAACGAUACAACUUCUGGUUCCUAAAUGGAUCAGAAACUAGUAAUCUAGGAGGGGAAGCAAACGGACAGCUGGAUUCUUGGCCAUCAAGUUUCUCCCAACAGUGAGCGUACCUCAGAGAGAGAGAGAGAGAGAGAGAGAGCUGUCUCUUAUACACAUCUAGAUGUGUAUAAGAGAC